AUGAAUAAAACUUUAGUUUCUUUAAAAGUAGUAUAUGGUAAACUUGUGCGUGAAUUUUUGCAGGAAAGUGGCAUACAUGGCAUGAAAAUAUUCCUAUCCACAUCAGCGAUACGCUAUGCCAAACACCUUUGGUUUAUCUUCUUAUCUAGCCUUAUUAUCGUCACUCAUGUGAUAAUUAUAAAUUUAAUUAAGGAAUUUUUAGAUCAACCAACCGAGGUCCGCCUAUCCACUAAACUAGUGCAUGUUGCCAAUAGUCCAUUCCCGGCUGUCGCAAUUUGCGGUGCAAAUAAGAUAAGUCGACGUAAAAUGAUGCGCUUUGCGGAACAGGUCUACGAAGCUCAGCAAAGAUUUCAACCCGAUUUACUUGCAACAAACGUCAGUGAAAUGGCUGAACAUUUGAAGCUGCUUACCGGCUUCUUUCUCUAUCCUUUGGACACCUAUACCGAUAACGAUCCCCGACUUGAUCAACUACAUAAUAUACUCACGAGCAUGUACAAUGGUAGUGAGUAUCCCACACGCGACAUACUUUUCGACUUAUCACCCGACUGCCCCGAACUCAUCAUGAGCGGUAUGGUUUUCGGUAAGCCAAUAAAUAUAACAAAAUAUUUUCAAAAACGUUCGAUAUCGGUGGGUGCGUGCUGCCUCUUCAACUAUCGUCGCGAUACUUACACCACGAAUAGCAUGAGAGCUGCCUUUACCAAGGCUAAUAGCAAGUUAUUGGAAAAUGUUACAUUCGAGUCUAAUUCCCUGCUUAGCUCGGUACAAUUUGUUUUACACAGUGAUUCGAAUGAUUUUUGGCAUACCGAGUUCGCCAGUUAUGCAUUUCGUCUUUAUUUUUUUCUACAAAACGAUUAUCCAACCGUAAUGACAAAUACCUUGGGUGAGAUUUUGGUGAACCGUAGAACCUUAGUAGAGAUUGCAAUACAGCCGACAUUUUAUGAGGCCUCUGAUGCUAUACGCAACUUUAGACCAGAGCUAAGGCAAUGUUAUUUUAAGGAUGAGGGAGAACGUUUGUUAAAUAAAUCCUAUUAUUCGCAUGAUGAAUGUCUACUCAUUUGUCGCAUGCAAAGUAUGCAACGGUAUUGUGGUUGUGUUAGUCCCUUCCUCGCGCCGCCACUCAUCAAUGCGAGCGUCUGCACUCUACUGCAGUUGCCUUGCCUCUCAAACUGGUUGCGUGUGUUCAAUCAAUGGUCUUACUUCGAGUAUGUCGACCCACCGGAUGGUUUCGAUAAGUGCAACUCUUGUAUGCCGACCUGUGAGGGUGUCGACUAUAAAACUUACCUGAAUUACCUACCACUGCGUAAAAAACACGGCAAUGAUACGUACACCUUUGGUUUGCUAGAAGGUCUUACUAGCGAUGAGCCGUUGGCACUGGUGAAACUAUUUUUCAAGCAAUUGUAUGCGGAAUCGACGUACAUAGACAUUGUAGGCGAUUGGGUUGCAUUGUUGAGCCGUUUCGGUGGCAUUCUAUCGCUUUUCUACGGCUUUAGCAUACUAAGUUAUGUCGAGAUUUUCUACUUCAUGAGUGGUAAGUGGUUUGUGCUUAUAUAUAGGGCCUGGCAGCUGGCGUAUAUUCCGAAAGAGCGGCGUGACAGCCGAGCGCUGGAGAAGAGCGCUGAAAACCGCGUAUAUUCGUUGUAUUGGAAUGAGUUGCAGCCGAAAACUGUUAUGUUGGAGAGAUACCCAAAGAAUAUUAAAUGGCAAAAUCGUUAUGAUGAUAGUUAUUAG